GUUUCUCUCCCUGCAGGCUCGGCCCGGGGGGAAGCGGGUCCCGGUGCGAUGCUGCUGCCGGGCUGGGAGAUGCUCCUCUAUGGGCUCCUCAGCGUGGGCUCGCACCUCUACGCUUUCUACGAAGCGCACCGAGUGUCUCGAAAGUAUGAAGCUGAAAUGGACAGAAGGUUUGGGCUGGAACCAGGAACUCUCUUUCAGGGCCUUAAAAAGGACCCCAUGGACUUCGAGUGGAGCUACUGGAUUGAAUGGGGAAGGGAACGUAUACUGUGGCUUCUGGCUGGUCACCUGCUGGUAUCACAAGUGUCUAGGCUCUUGGUGGAGAAGUAUAAACCAUGGUGCUUGAUGGUUUAUGGAAUGGCUGCCUGCUGGUUGUUACUGGGAAUCAAGGGCUUUGCUGUCAUUUUGUUACAUGCAACUAUUUCGUUUGCUGUGGCUCAGUUUCAGCUGUCGCUCCUGACAUGGUUGUGCUCCCUUAUUCUGCUAUCCACUUUACGUAUACCAGCUGUGGAAGAUGCCAAGAGAAAGUGGUAUGACACGGAAAAUGAGUAUUACCUGCUGCUCUUCACUGUAUCUGUCCGCUGCCUCUUCUGCACCAGCUUCAGCCUGGAGUACUGCUGGCAUAGACCUGCCCAGAAGUCAUCCCACUCAUUCCUGUGGAUGCUGGCAUAUGUGUUUUAUUAUCCCACACUCCAUAAUGGGCCCCUUGUGAACUUUGAUGAAUUCAGUAAGCAGAUGAGAAGUCAAGAAGCCUUCAGUUUGAAGACCAAUCUCAGCAUCUUAAUAGUGGGCAUAAUUCGUAUUUGUUUUUGGUGGUGCCUGGCUGAACUGAUGAUUCACCUCAUGUAUAUCCAUGCUCUCUACAGCAGUGCUCUGCCUUUGGAAGCUGCGUCAUACUGGGCUUUGGGUGGCCUGGCUUUAGCUCAGGUACUAUUUUUUUAUGUGAAAUACCUGGUUCUCUAUGGUGUUCCCGCUCUUCUCCUUCAAAUGGAUGGACUCAAACCUCCAGCUCUGCCUUGCUGUGUGAGCCUGAUGCACAGUUUCACUAAAAUGUGGAGAAGUUUUGAUGUUGGGCUACAUCGCUUUCUGGUCAGGUACAUUUAUGUUCCAGUGGGAGGAUCUCAGUCCAGUCUGCUUGGAAUGCUCUUUUCCACAGCCCUUACUUUUGCCUUUGUAAGCUAUUGGCAUGGAGGACAGAGUUAUCUGUGGUACUGGGGUGCCCUUAAUUGGCUUGGAGUAAUUGUGGAAAAUGGUGUCAAGAGGAUACUUUCUGCUUCACUUAUUCAAGAUUUAAUUGAACGUUUCUUCUCACCAAGAAUUUGUCGUCGACUUCAUGCUGUCCUAGCAUCUGUUAGCACUUCAAUGUUGAUUUUAUCAAAUCUAGUAUUUCUUGGAGGAAAUCACGUUGGAAAAAUCUACUGGAACAGGAUCUUUAUGGAAGGACUGGGAAAACUCUUGGCAGGAAUGGAAGCUUCUUUGGCCUCAUUGAAAAUCUGGUUAGCAAAUGUGUUGUUGACUUGGCUGUGGUUGGCCAUGGGCAACGCUGACUGUUCUCGGGUUCCUGUACUGUUACUCUCACGUUGGAAUUGAAUGGGAGCAAACGCAUGCUGUGAAGUAGGAAUUACACAGGACGAUGAUUUUUCAGACAAGGUGAUGGCUUUUCUACCCUGGAUAUUCUGUCUGAAGAAGGAUGUGCCAGACAGAAGUACUUCGUUAGUGUGUUAAAACCAAAAGCUCAUGUAGUAGAUUCUGGAUUAUGAAUGCAGGAAUUGAACCAAACCCAGUGAUAGGUGAGGCUGAGGGUGGGGAGAAACUACGAAGCAUUUUGAAUUAUAUUUUUAUAAGACAGUUUAUCUUUGUCUCUAUGUAUACUGGAAACAUACAUCUUGUGUCUCAGAAUAGUUAUUUUAUAUGUAUUUAAGAUUGUGUUUGUUUCUUCCGAUGUUUUGCUGCCUAUUUUGAGAUAUUGAAAAAAAAAGAAUUUUCCUGUCUUGCAGAAUUCAAAAACCCAGUCUCUCUCAGCCUGUGUCCAGGGGCAUACAGGGCUGUGCCCUGCACUUAACUUACUCCAUGGAGGGCACAAUGCUCAUCAGAAAUCCUUGAUUGCUUUCUGAUAUAAGUUAGAACUUUUUUGCUAUUCUCACUGACUGCAGCAGUUCAGCCUUAAGCUACUUUUCUACUUACUGUAGCGAAGUCUGCCUUUCCUCUUUAAUGUCUUCAUUUAAAAUUUUGCCUUUAAAACAACACCUUUUUGGGAGGAGGGGGUGGGGGUAUCUUUAAAAAGAGAGAGGCAGAUCUUUUCUUUUUAAUCAAAUAUGACCUUACAGCUUCUUGGGCUUUAGGUUUUCUCUGCCUUGUGUUAGAGCUAAAGCAUAUAGUAUUACCUUUAUUAUGGGACGAAUCCCACCUUGAAGGGAACUGUUCAGUUUGCCUUCUGUAUUUUUCUAUUACAAAAGUAGACAGCCCUGGCUGAAUGCUGAAACUGUUCAAACUGUUUCAUUUUUUGGUGUCCAGGCAAUCAGGUCCUGCAGUAUUAAAGACAUCCUAGGAGCAGCAUUUUAAGACCUUUAAAAUAAAUGGAAUGGUCCAAUACAGUGGCACCAAAUGAGCCAGAGCUCCAUGUCCUUUGCCUACAGCCAGACCUGUUACAGCAGCAUCUGGUUGCCCAGAGCUGGGAAGGUCCUGCCAGCACGUGUUUGGGCUGUUCAGCAUGUGCUGUUGAGGGACGGGAGACUCUGCACCCAAAGCAGAAGGACUCCUGUCAAGACUUGUAACCUGCACCCCUCAGCAGCCAUUUCAGCCGGUUGCAAGGCACAGUUGGCAUCCUACUGUCCAUUGCUCCUGCAGCUUCAGCUGAGUCUGAUAUAGCUUAUCCCUUCAAGAAAAAAUUCAGUCCUCUGAGACAGGCUUCAGCUUAGUGCCUGCGUUCCUGAUGUUUCUGCUGCCCAGAGCUAUGGCAGCUUUCUUUUUCCCCUGCAUUUAUUCCAGAAGAAAUAAGGGCAGAGGCUUCAGUUUAGAGACCACGCACAUUUCUUGCUGUUUCAAAGCAGAAUCACCAGCCCUUUAUGUUUAGGGAAAGAUUUCCUCCCACUUGAGAAUGCUGUGAUUUCCCCUGGAAGUAAUUUCUAGGAGAUACUGUGAACUGUUGAAAAUAAGACUCACCUUGAAUGCUGCCUGGCCAGAGAUAUGGCUCUCCUGACUGACUUACAAUGAUAGCAAGGAUCCUCUCAGCCUAAGAAUUUACUGAAAGGAUCUGAAAUUGCCCCCAUUUUGGAGUAUAACUGAGCUAAAGGCAAGAACUUCCUCAAACUUAACUCAGACUUCAUAACUAAGUGGAAUUGGCAUUAGAAGGAAAAGUCAUGAGUCUGUUCUUCCGUUGUAUCGAUUACCGAUAUUACAUGAAAUGAGGUGCUACUUAAGUGAUUAGAUUGCAGUUUGUAUGCAUGGAAAACUUCCUACUCCAAUAUGGAAAUGACCUUGAAGCGCAUCUAGAAUAUCCUUAUUUCUGAACUAAAAUUGUGUUUCAGUUUUUAGUGCUUUAUACAUGUUUCAUGAUUUUGUAUGUUUUUCUGUUUCUAUAAAUAAAGCUAAAACUGAC